AUGGCGCGCAGAACGAAGAAGGUCGGUAUUGCUGGACGCUACGGUGUGCGAUAUGGCGCCUCUCUGCGUAAAAUGGCGCGCAAGUUUCUCGUGAGUGCGCACUCCAAAUACGUCUGCGCUUUCUGCGGCAAGACCACCGUCAAACGCCAAGCCGUCGGCGUCUGGAAGUGCAAGGGCUGCAACAAAACCAUGGCUGGAGGUGCCUGGAUUUUCGGCACAACCGCCGCCGCUGUGGCGCGAUCUACCAUCUCCAGACUGCGCAAGGCGCAAACCAUCACCGUAGACAACUAG